AUGCCUCUCUUAAAAGCAUCACAGAAGCCGGCUCGAAAACGAAGGACACCAGCAAUUGUUCCCGGCAUCGCACGCGAUGAUUCUGACGACGAGCUUGGUGAUCUCGACCACCCCUGGGAAUGGAUUUACGCGGCCGACAAACCUUCGACACAAGGAAAUGGGCACGAAUCUUCUCGGAAAAGAAAGCGCCCGGUCACCGGAAGUAGCAUCGUGGGUGCCCGGAUGGGCGAUUUCGAAUGCUUCCUUGGCGAGACCGUCCUGCUCAAGGCCGAAGGGUCAAACGAGGCCUGGGUUGGUAUCAUUUGCGAGUUCAUUGACGAUGAUGGUGAUGACGGCGAGAAGGCCGCCCACUUCAUGUGGUUCUCGACCGAGAAGGAGAUUCGCAACAAGGCCAAAAAGAGGACAGACUUCCUACCCAAUGAGCUGUACAUUUCUCCAUCGUGGGAUGUCAACCCACUGACAUCCAUCAACGGCAGCGCCAACGUCAUGUCUCCCGCCGUGUUUCGCAUGAAAUUCCCGAGCGGCCGUCUUGGCCGGCAGUCAGCGGAUUAUGGAAAGACAUUUAUAUGUCGCCGCGGCUGCAACACCCGCACUGCCAGUUAUACGGACGAAUUUGUUUGGGAGGAUAUCUACAAAGGCACAGUCGAAGACAUUGAAAAUCUGGUCGAGUUGGUCAAGACAGGCACGAAAGCCUCUCGAAAACGCCGACAGACAAAAAAUGUGUCCGCCGACUUGUAUGAUUACCAAGAUGAUGUGGAUGACAACUACAAUGAGCCGAAGGACACGGGUGGCGAGAAAGAGCUACGAACGCCGAAGAAAAAGAACAAGAGUUUCGAAGUUGCGACGACACCGACAAGCAAGCGGCCAAAAAGCGCUUCGAAGCUCCUGACGCCGUCCCACCGAAGGGUCGUGUUGAAAAAACACCUCGAAUUCACACCACUAGCCACUCGAACCCUUUCCCCAAACCACUACCUAUCCUCGCCGUUUCAAAAGGCACGAGCUCAACUACAUAUUGCGGCAGUACCUGCGAGUCUCCCAUGUCGCGAGAGCGAGUUUUCGCUCGUAUAUUCUCAUCUGGAGGCUGCCAUUACGGAGGGUACCGGCUCUUGCAUCUACAUCUCUGGGACUCCAGGUACAGGUAAAACUGCAACGGUGCGCGAAGUGGUUUCCAGCUUGGACUUUGCUGUUCAGUCCGAUGAGCUGGACGAUUUUAUUUUUGUCGAGAUCAACGGCAUGAAAAUCACAGACCCACACCAAGCCUACUCCUUGCUGUGGGACGCUUUGAAAGGCCAGCGUGUAAGCCCUGGCCAGGCCCUCGACCUCCUGGAGCAUGAAUUCAGCAACCCCAGUCCUCGCCGCGUCCCGUGUGUCGUGUUAAUGGAUGAACUAGACCAAUUGGUUACCAAAAACCAGGGCGUCAUGUACAAUUUUUUCAACUGGCCAGGUCUGCGUCACAGUAGACUGAUAGUGCUCGCCGUUGCCAACACCAUGGACCUCCCAGAGCGCACUUUGAGUAACAAAAUUAGCAGUCGACUCGGUUUGACCAGAAUCACAUUUCCCGGCUAUACCCAUGAGCAGUUAAUGAAGAUUAUUCAAUCUCGGCUAGAAGGUGUUCCAGGAGCCACUGUUGACCCCGACGCCAUUCAGUUCGCUAGCCGGAAAGUCGCCGCUGUCAGUGGUGAUGCACGACGUGCCCUGGAUAUCUGUCGCAGAGCUGUCGAGCUUGCAGAGACAGAGAGCCGGCUGCAGGAGGCAUCAAGCAUAUUUCAGACACCUAGCAAAAGAAGUAAAGACCAUGACUCCGACCGUGAAGCAAAGAAGCGGGGCGCUGUCGGCCGUGUGACUAUUGAUACAAUCCGGCGGGCUAUUGCUGAGGCCACAUCCAGCCCUCUCCAACAGUAUCUUCGAGCUUUGCCAUUUUCCUCUCGGCUCCUACUGGCAGCGCUGCUCGCCCGGACACAGCGAACAGGCAUUGCGGAGAGCACAUUAGGCGAUGUUCUUGAAGAGACACAGCGUGCUCUCCGCUUUGCGGUCGCAGUCGCUACUGGUACAAAAGAGGGCCGACCACUGGAAGCACUCCUCACAGGGCGCAACCUAACCGACGGCGCAUCGCGGAAACAGGCCGCGGCCCUGGCAGCCUCGAGGGGUGUCCGCCUUGCAGGUCUCGGAAGCGCGGCCGUCGAGCUUGCGGGCGCUGGUAUUGUUUAUCUCGAGGGCCAUAGAGUCGAGCGUCCCAGCAAGAUCAGACUUGCCAUUGGAGACGAGGAUGUGAAACUUGCGUUCCGCGAUGACCCGGAGGUCAAGGCAGCUGGACUCUCGUCAUAA